AUGGAAACUUCAUCUUUGCUAUCAUCCUUACAUGAUGAAUGCAGAUCAGACAACUAUAUUGAACCUCAUUACAAGGAAUGGUACCGAAUAGCUAUUGAUGCUCUGAUUGAAGGAGGUUUAGAUGCCUACAAAGAAUUUCUUUCCAAAGAGAGAUGCUCAGAGUUCCUAGCAGAUGAAGAAAUUGAUUAUAUUUUGAACAAUGUUCACAAACUUCCCCAAAACACAAUUUAUUCCUCUAACCAUGCUAUUGAUGACACCUCUUCCUCGGGAACCUACUGGCCUAUUGAAUCAGAUGUUGAAGCUCCAAAUCUUGACUUAGGUUGGCCCUACCUGAUGCCUGGAAUUUCUGGUGGCACGAAUAUUGAUCUGCUUUUUCAUCCACCACGAGCACAGCCUUACACCAUAAAGGAAACUAUUCGGAAGAUGAUACGAGAUGCAAGGAAGGUCAUUGCCAUCGUUAUGGAUAUGUUUACAGAUGUGGAUAUCUUUAGAGAAAUUGUGGAGGCGUCUGCUAGAGGGAUUGCAGUGUAUCUCCUGCUUGAUGAAUCCAACUUCAGUCAGUUUCUGAAAAUGACGGAGAAACAAGGCUGUCAAGUUCAGAGGCUCAGGAACAUGAGAGUGAGGACAGUAAAAGGACAAGAUUACUAUUCUAAAACAGGAGCAAAAUUCCAUGGAAAAAUGGAACAAAAAUUUAUUCUUGUUGACUGUAAGAAAGUCAUAUAUGGUUCUUACAGCUUUAUGUGGUCAUUUGAAAAAACCAACCUCAGUAUGGUUCAAGUUAUCACAGGACAGCUGGUUGAAUCCUUUGAUGAAGAGUUCAGGACACUAUACGCCCGUUCUUCUGUUCCAAGUUCAUUUGCCCCAGAAUUAGUACGGGUAAACAGUCACAGGACACUGUGGGAUAACGAUACAUACCAACACUCGGUGUCUUCCUUGGCUUCAGUUUCUAGCCAGAGAAACCUUUUUGGUAGGCAAGACAACGUUCACAAGAUAGAUCCUGUUUGUUGGAAAACUCGUGGAAGAUAUGCAGUAAAUGAAAUAGAUAAAUAUGGCUUGAGAAAUCAAGCCUAUAAUAAACAACCAUUUCAUCCAGGUUUUAACAUGCAAAAUCCAAUCCAGCAGUAUCAACCUAGUGAAAAAAAUGAGCACUGGAAGAGACAUAGUUAUGCUGGGGAGAAGCCAGAAAGGACACCUUACCUACUGCUCAAUAGAGCUAUUAAUAGAGCCAACAAUCCAUCAAAUACUUGGAAAGUGCCAUCUGAUAGCCUUAGUAUUGUUUCUUCGUUACGAGGAGGAUAUGCAAAUAACUACAAUACACCCCAACAAAGUUUUGCUGAUCAGUUUUCACGACCAAAGGUAAAUCUUGCAGAAAGAAAUUCAAUUGUACGGAGGUCUUUUAAUGGGACAGAUAAUCAUAUCCGCCAUCUGCAGCAAAGGAUGCCAACCCUUGAACAUACAACAAAAUCAUUCCUACGUAACUGGCGAAUUAAGUCAUAUUUGAAUGAUCAAUCAGAUUAUCCAGUAGAAUCUAAUGGGUCGGCCUUGGGUGACAGAUAUGAUAGCUACGACACAGCUGAAAAUAUUAAAGCUCAUGCGCUGUAUUCUCAUUCUCGCUUACGAUCAUCAUUGGUUUUUCAGCCAACUUUACCUGAACAGCAGGAAGUAAGCAGCUGUGCAAGUUCUUCAAAUUCAACUAUAAUUGGCUCAGAGGGAAGUGCAACACCUAAAGGGACAUCUAAUCAUGCUCCAAGUGUGGAAAAUGGAACAGAUAAUAUUUUAGAAGAGCUUAGCACAAACAUCCCAGUUAAACCAGAUGAACCAAAAAACCACAGAAUGCAUAUUGCAGACAGCACAAAACCUAGUGUAAAUUCAAAUGCAACAGGUGACUCAUCUCUCUACUUGUACACAACGCUAUGUGCAGACAAACAUGCAGAAAAUCUGAAGAACCUUCAAAAUGAAAAUUUGCUAAAAAGGAGAAGUUUUCCCAUGUUUAAUUCAAAGUCCAUAUUAGACCCUGGUGCUAACAAACAUGCAUCCAGUUAUGUUUACAGCACAUUGACUAGGCAUAGACUUAAGCAGCCAGCUAGUCCAAAACAUCCAGAAGACACACUGAAGAGCUCUAAAAGUUUGCACAGUGUGACCAACCAUUUGCCACAGGAGGAAAAGAACCUCAAAGAAGAACUCAAGAGCCCAACUGCUAGCAAGGCAAUCUCUAUGGCUGCUCUCAACGAAGCUAGCAAAGAGGAGUCUAGUAAGGAUUGCACAUCAAAGAAAGAAAGUAAGAAUUCCCCAAGUUUUCUAAAGAAAGGAUCCCAGAAAUUGCGGUCCCUUCUUAAUCUCACACCAGACAAGAAGGAAAGCUUGUCAAAAAACAAAGGUCCUGCCUUUUACAGAAUGUGUAGUAGUUCUGACACAUUGGUUUCUGAAGAAGAGAAUCAAAAACCUAAGAUUUCCGAGAAUAAGACAGAUUCUUCCCCAAGGAGAAGAAGAAACACAUCUUCAAAUUCUCAAGGUAGCUUGAAUAGAAGUAAAGAAGAUGUCACCAGGAGCCCCAAAAAGUCUCCAAAGUCACCAAAACCUCAAAAACCUCCAUCUGAUGAAAGCAAUAAAAAGUGUCCUCUCUUGUGCCCCCUUGAAAGUAAGUUCAUAGAAACUGCAGGAGAUGCCUCAACCCCAAGAUUUAAUACAGAACAGAUUCAGUAUCAAGACGUAAAGGAAAUCGCCACAAAUACUGCUCCUGAAAGUGUCCCUGUUUCUGCUCUUCAAAGAGCAAGUUCGAUGACACCACAGCUGGCAAGCUCAAAACGCCAAGAGGAGCUAAGACCUCGUUUGAGUGAAAGGCGUGUUUAUAGUCGCUUUGAGCCAUUCUGCAAGAUGGAAAGUGCUAGCCAACCUGCAGGAAAUGCACCCAACAGCAGUUUACGUCUGUCAGAUAUCAAAACCAAGACCCUAGGGAAUAAUUAUGGCAGGAGUAAUCACAUGGUCAGCUACAACUCAACUGCUUACCAUCCACUGCAGCCUAAUGAAAACAAGCUAAGAGGAUUUAUGCAAAAGUUUGGGAACUUCCUACACAAAAACAAGUAA